AUGUCCUAGCAAUUUUAAGGGAGGUCCUCUCACGGAUAAUUGGAAAGGAAAUUUGAACCAGCAGUUGAGAAUCCCAAACCUACCUAGCAGAUUAGAGAUAUCCAUGUGACAGGGGUAAAUCGAGAUUCUUCAAAAACCAUACAUUAUCCAAAAUAACCUAAGGUAAUCCACUUGAGUUUCAUUUAGCAGAUAUAAAUAAUCAAGGUUCCUUAAAGAUGUGGAAGUAACCAAACUGUGUGUUCGGUUUAGGGAUUUAGUACAUUAACAUAUGAUGAUAUUAGACCAAAAGAAAAAGAAGAGAGUGUAAUUAAUAAAAUUAUGAGACUCUUUACUCGAGAAGUUGAUCCUUGUAAAUGCUUACCUUAUUAAAAUAACACUUGCAUCAAGGCUAAAGAAUGGUUAGGCAAUUAUGAUGCUGAUAAAUUAAAGACUAAAUACUCUAAUUUAUUGGAAAGCAAAUGCGAACCAAAGAUCAUUAAACAAAUAAAUCUUGAUGUUGAAAGAACACAUCCUCUGAAGAAUUACCCCCAAAAAUUAUAAGAUUUAUAAUAGGUUUUGAUUGCGUAUUCCAAAUACAACAAAAUUGUUGGGUACAUGCAAGGAAUGAACUUUGUUGCUGCUGGGUUAAUAUAUCAUGCUGAUAAUUAUGUGGCUUUUGAAUUACUCAGAAAACUGAUUGAUUUACUGUAAAUGAACGAUCUAUAUUCCCCAAUGUCUCCUGGUUUAUCGAAGCAUAUCUAAUUGAUUGAUUAUCUAAUCCUAACCAAAAUGCCAGAUUUAUAUUCACAUUUUUGCAUCAACGGAGUCAAAGUCGACAUGUUUUGUGCCUCAUGGUUGUUUUCCUUAUUUGGGAUGAUGAUCCCCAUCCAGAAACAAGUGAAAUUGUUCGAUUGUAUCUUCAGGUAUGGUUGGACAUACAUCUAUCAAUUGAUUAUUGGUUUUCUUCUUUAUCAUUAAGAGAUUUUGAUGAGUGAAGAUAUGACUGGAAUUAUAUGCAUAUUGAGCCAAUAAAAUUAUAGAAUUGAUGACAAUGACCUUGAAGUAGAUUGGGAUGAGUUGCUUGUAAGCUUUCUCAUAAAUGUUAAAAUUAGUAAGACCUUUAUACAGGAGAUGCAUAUGAAAUUUGAUAGCAAGAUUUAGACAUUUAAAUUAUGA